CGUUCUUGGGAAACCAACCUGCAAGUACUGUCCUCCACUGACGGACAAACCAAGACGUUGCUGCUCCACUGGGGACUGACCAAGAAGUCAUGAAAUCCCCAACUGCAGGAGACUUGGAAGAAUGCCUCCUGAAUAAGGUGGGCUUGAGGCGCCAGCGGAUCUCCCAGAUUGUGGAGGAAGUGCAGAGGGUUGUCCACCAUCUGACCACAGAAAUCAGCCACCAAGACAUUCGAUUCCAGGCCGUGCCUUAUUCUGACACAUACAAUGGGAACAUUAAGGUGUUGGCCCCCAGCCAGUUCCUCGUCACUGUCCCAGUGAAGGGCCUGGCUGGGUACAGGGAGGCCAGGGAGCAGCGCUGGCGGUACUACACCCUGCAGGGCACCAGGCUUUCCUGCCCCUUGCAGGACCCGGAGGGCCUGCAGCAGUGGCUGGAGGUGGAGCAGUUUAUGAAGAGCCUGUGGCAGUGGCACAAGGCAGAUGUGAACAUAGAGGGAGAUAUCGUGCCUGCCAAGGUGCUCCAGGUGUUCCGGAAGCUGGUAGAAAAUGCAAUUGGAACCUGUCAUCUCUCAGGUAAGGUCAGCAUGCUCCCACACCACGCUGCAGCUGCAGUUUGGGUUGCCGUGGAAACGCCCACAUGUCAGGUGGAACUAGAGUUGGUCCCCGCAGUGGAGAUCCCCACGGCCUGGUCUGAGAAAGCUCGGUGGCCUCCCUGUCUGAAGCGCUGGCCUUCCCGACAGAGAGUGGAGUGCAUCAAGUCGUUUGGGUUUGCCCUGUUGGCCUGUUCCAAUUAUCACUGGCAGCUGAGCUUCCUGCAGGCCGAGCAGGUGCUGCUGGAGCAGCUGGAUGAGGACGGGGGUUGCCGCAGGAAGUGUCUUCAGGCCCUGAGGCAGGUGAAGGAGGAUGUCUGGUGUCCGGGAAAGAGGCCUGUCAUCACGUCCCACCAUCUGCAGACGGUGCUUUUUUGGACUUGCGAGAAAUAUCCCCACUUGAAGGACUGGCAGGUCUUCGGCAAAGCCUUCCUGCGCCUGGUGAGGAAGCUGCACAAGUGCGUGAGCCAGCACUUCCUGAAGCACUACUUCGUGCGAAAGAGCAAUCUUUUCCGGUCUGCCAACUGGGGCGAACUGGAUGCCGUGGCCCAGCAGCUGGCCCUCUUCCUGAAGAACCCCCAGAUCAGCCUGCCCUGAAGCUGCCUGCAGCCUGGGAGGCUCUUGGACCCUUGCUCCCGGCUCGACCUCAUCCUUCCCUGUAGGAUCCUGCCCAGGAGAGAAGCAGCAUAUGGCCCAGGGUGCCCUGAGCAGCAGCACUUAAGAGAGGAACACUGUCCCUCAAGAUUUCUGGGCCAGGCCUCUCUGGAGCCAAGCAGGUAUCUCAGCCCUCACGAGCUACCUCCCUCGGGGACAGCUGUCAUCAGGCUUCCCCAAGCCACCAAUUCUGAGUUGAUGACAGCACUGAAUGUAUUACCCCCCACCCCCACCCCAGCUCAGGCCCUGAUCGUCUGCUGCAGAGGGUGGAGACGGCCCGGAGCGGUUCUAGAACAGGCUUACUAGUGUUCCAUUUGUAAAAUGCAACCAUGAGCAUGCUUUUCCCGGAGCAGGGCUGGGAUCUGUUAUUCUUGGUUGGUAGCUGGUGUUUGCCUCCUGGAGCAGCCAACACCACAUAAUUAAUUAAAUGAUGGCAUCUGAUGGGUUGCGUCGGUAUGCCUGGGUUGACCCUGCUGCCCUCCAGCCCUCCCGGACUGUGGCUCCAGGCUUCUGCUUCUGUCUGCUUCCCUGGUGUUCUUGAAGUAGGGAGAGGGUGGUUUCGAUGACCAGUGUGGGUCAAAGAUGAAAGGGCAUCUCCGUUUGCCAGUGGCUCCCCUUUCCUUGUGCUCCGGGGCCAGGUAUUCUUGGAAUGGACUCCGAACAAUGACCUACAUGGAAUGA